AUGUCAUAUAACUAUUUAAAGCAAGCUGGGAAGAUCCUUGGCAUUGGCAGGAACUAUGCGGCCCAUAUUGAAGAAUUGAAUAACUCCAUUCCAAAACAACCGCUGUUCUUCCAGAAGCCGACUUCUAGUAUUGUCACUCCGCUUUCAGAUGGCACUCAACGAGUCCAAGCGCCCUCAGGUGCAACCUUUACCGGGCUGAAGGACGAUGGCACUAACCCUGGACUCAUACUGCUUCCUAAAGGUGUUAAGGUUCACCAUGAGGUGGAACUAGCUAUUGUUAUGGACAGGUGGAUGAGCAAUGUUUCACCUGACGAUUUCGGACCAGAAGACAUCUACGAUGCGAUAAGGGGUGUGUCAUUGGCAUUGGACCUCACUGCACGCAAUGUGCAGGAUGAGUGCAAACGGAAGGGUUUGCCUUGGACUGUUGGCAAGGGUUUUGAUACUUUCUUGCCAAUUUCCCACCUGGUCCCGAAGGAAGAGUUGAUAGAUUCCUCCAAUUUCCAGGACAGCUUCCACCUGAAGUGCUCUGUCAAUGGCAAAGUGCGCCAGGAUGCCUCAACUUCGCUGAUGCUUACUCCUUUGCAUAAGCUGAUACAGCACAUCUCAACCGUUAUGACACUAGCCCCGGGAGAUAUAAUCCUCACGGGUACGCCAGCAGGUGUCGCAGAACUGCUUCCAGGGGAUAAAAUCGAAUGUGCGUUGUAUCAAACUGAUAAACCGCUUGUGGAUAUGAGUUUCUAUUGUGUAGAAAGGCCUGGUCCAUAUGUCUAUCGUGAGACCUAG